UGGAAUCAAAAUGUCUGGUGAUAGUCAGCUCAUCAACAGCUGACCCAGAAGGCUAGAGAGUGCAUGUCUUGCCGGACAAAAGCCUCCCGUGCUUGAGCAGCAAGGAGGAAGGGGAGGCGAGACCUUUAGUGGGGGCUUGAGAAGGCGGACGCCACUUGCAGAAAUGGAGGCCGAAGCCACUGUCCCUUAAGCACGGGAGGACUGCCCCAAAGAGAAGACUUUUGUCAUCCAUGCUGAAGUCAUGGGAACUGAAGAGGAAGAAGUCAUCGUCACUCUUUCUGGAGGAGCUCCUUGGGGCUUCCGGCUGCAAGGGGGCUCAGAACAGAAGAGACCCCUCCAGGUGUCAAAGAUCCGCAAGAGGAGCAAAGCUUGCCAUGGGGGCCUGUGGGAAAAUGAUGAGCUGGUGUCCAUCAAUGGAAAGCCAUGCGCCAGCCUCUCCCACUCAAGUGCCAUGCAAAUCAUUGACUCUUCCAAGGGCAUCCUCAGCAUUGUGGUUAAAAGGGCAACCAGUGGAGACACGGCCAUCGUGAGACAGCUGCGUUCCCCGUCCCCCAAGCAGGCGCGAGCCGUCUCACCAGCUUCCCCUCUCAGCCAGACUACUCAGGCCCUCAGCCCUGAACCGCCUGCUGCUCCUGUUGCUCCACAACCCGAGCAGGAGUCUCGCCGCCGCCGGCAGCUGGAAAAUCUCACCUCACCACCAGAUAGUGAAGCGUACUAUGCCGAGACAGACAGUGAUGCCGACAACGUGGCCCAGGAGAAGCACCGGAGGGCGCGCAAGAAGAGUCCCCGUUCCCCACCGGGGGUUCCCAACAAUAAAGUGGGUGAGCCACAGGAUGAAGUGUCCCUCUCAGAGCUGAGCGGUUACGAGAGCACUCUAGAGGCCGCGGCCCAAACUCGCAAUGGAGGAGAUGGCCUGACUGGAGUGGCCAAGAGGGAAAUUGUGUGCCAGCCAGGCAGCCGCACAGACACCCCUUUCUCCGAGAGCGAGGCCUUGCUGGAGCUCCCCCCGCCUGAAGACAGGGAGCCUUCCCCAGAGGCCUUGCUCCUGCCACAUGCCACCAAGACGAUCCGUGCUGAGAGGCACCUCAUUCCCAUGGUGGGGCCUGUAGAGCACCCGGUGGAUGAAGACCUGACCACCACCUAUGCGGAAAAGGCCAAGCAAGCCA